CCGAGCCGUGCCAACUUAUCCGAUCCGUUCUGCGGCUUUUAGAGCUGCAGAAAGGGGUAGUGGGGGGAAAAGGCCAUCUUUCUCACCCUCUCCCUUCUCAAUGAACAAAAGCCUUAGGUUUCCCAGGACCAAUACACUAAACCAAGCCAAGCCCGUUCCAGUCCCGGGAGGGCUUCCUUGCAAGGCUCAAGCCAUAGCCGCUGCAUGGCUUUUCGUGUCUCCCCUCCUACGCCUUUGGGGCUUUGACUUUUGAUCCUUAAAAAAACGGGAGGUGGGCGCGGUGGAGAGAUCGGAAGCCGGGGAAAGCAUGGAUUUUCGAGGCAAGAAGUACGAGCGGGGCACUAACUGGUCGGAUCCCGAGGUGGUGGAACUUCUGCAGCUGUGGGCUGACGAGUCGGUGCAGGCGGAGCUGGAGAGCUGCCUGCGGAACCAGCACGUCUUCAACCGGAUCGCCGAAGUGCUGCGCGAGAAGGGCAUCCACCGCACCGGCGACCAGUGCCGGGAGAAGAUCAAGAAAAUGAAGCUGGAAUACCGCCGCAUCAAGGACAACAACAAGGCUCCGCGCGGGGGCAGGACGUGGAAGUUCUACGAGGUGAUGGACCGCGUCCUGGCCAGCCGUCCUCCGCUCGUCUAUAGCGCCACCGGCAACGGCAACGGCAGCUACGUGUUGACGCAGCAAGGGCUCCCGGGUGGGGUGGUGGAAAGCUACCAUCCCCACUUGGGCCCUUCUUCGGCGCUGACCUUCCCACCCUCUCAGCCCCCCGAGCAGAUGGAGAUCAAAUGCGAGGAGGUGGAUUCAGAAGACCAGUGCUUGAUGCCUGAGCCUCUGCCUUCUCUCACUACUUACCAGCCUGGGGGCUCUGCUGAGGAGCAGGAGAUAGACAGGGCCUUCCUGGAGAGGUCCCAGCCUGACUCACCCAUCUCCAGGGUGGAGAUCCCCAUUGAGACCACUGUCUCCCUCUCAGGUUUCAGGGAACCUACUGCAGUUUCUUCAUCCCGGAUCCAGAGUCUAGGGGCUUGGCCUGGUUUUUCUACUUUGCACCGCUUGAGGAAGAAAAGGAAAGGCCAGCGGUUAAAAGACCCUAUGGAUGCCCUGCUGUUGAAGACUUUAUCUGCCCAGCGGGAAAUGGAGGAGCGCUUUCUGCAGAUGGAGGAACGUCGCCUCCAGCGAGAUGUGGAAGUGGAGGAGCGCCGAAUCCAACUGGAGCAGCGACGCUUUGAAUUGGAACAGGACCAUGACUUCCGUAUGUUCAAUGUCUUUGCCCAAAUGCUAAACGUCUUAAAGCAGGGCAAUCAGGGCUCUUGUGCAACUGGAGUAGCUCCGAAUGUAGACCUUCACCCAACAGUCUCCAAUUCCACAGAAAUAGGAGAACGGCUGUCAGAAGAAGCCAAGGCCCCCCAGUUAGAGCAAACCAGAUCGGAUAGUGGAACUAAGGUGUUGCAUUCCUACCAUGAUGCUGAUUUUCAAAACAGCCCUUACCUCUCUGUCCGAGGCAAUAUGGCAAUUGCUUCGAUGUUCUCAGAAGAGGUUUACCAGCUCUACCAUGCUGACAAGUAUGAUGAGGACAAAAACCCCACUGGCAUCAUUGAUUGGGCUAUCAGUGAGAACAAACUCUGCUUUGAUCUAAUGUCCAAAAAGCUGGCCCAAAGUGCUGUGAACCUCACAGAUCCUUCCCUGCUGCAAUACCCUGAUUGGAAGGGCCAUAUGUUUGUGCGAGAAGAAGUGGCUCGAUUUUUGACUUAUUACAGCAAAGCCCCUGCACCUCUCAAAGCAGAAAAUGUGAUUCUGCAGAAUGGCUGUGGAUCUUUGUUUUCUUCUUUGGCUAUGGUUCUCUGUGAUGCAGGAGAAGCGUUCCUGAUUGCUACUCCAUUCUAUGGAGGAAUCAUCAAAGAUGUGAGCAAGUAUGGCAGGGUCAAGCUGGUUUAUGCCUAUUUAGAUAGCCAGGCCACUGGCAGUUGCACGCGUCCAUUCCAGCUUACAGUGGAUAAGCUAAAGAAAGCCUUGCAGGAUGCACAAUCAGAGGGCAUCAAAGUAAGGGCUUUAAUUCUCCUGAAUCCACAGAAUCCCCUAGGGGAUAUCUAUUCUCUCACAGACUUACAGGACUACUUGGAAUUUGCAAAAAGACAUGAGUUGCAUGUGAUUGUUGAUGAAGUCUAUAUGCUCUCAGUUUUUGAUGACUCUGCCACAUUUCACAGUAUACUGGAAAUGGAGAGAUUGCCUGAUCCACAAAGGACCCAUUUGUUGUGGGGGAUUGGUAAGGAUUUUGCUGUGUCUGGAAUCCGGUUUGGUGCCUUGUACACACUAAACCAAGAUGUUAUCAAAGCUGUGUCUUCUUUUAGUUACUUUCAUGGUAUCUCUGGGCCCAUACAAUACCAAAUUGCUGAGCUACUCAAAGACAGAGAUUGGAUCAACCAAGUAUACUUACCCGCAAACCAUGAGAGAUUGAAAGCUGCACACACUUUUGUGACAGAUGAACUCAAGACCCUUGGAAUUCCCUUCCUCAACCGCAGUGCAGGUUUUUUUAUAUGGAUUGACUUCCGAAAGUAUUUAAGAAAAAGAACAUUUGAAGAGGAGAUGCUACUGUGGAGACGCUUCCUGGACAAAAAGGUCUUACUCGCUCCUGGUAUCUUAUUUGAGUGCAAUGAGCCUGGCUGGUUCCGCAUCAUCUUUUCUGAUAAGAUUAAUCGACUGCGGCUAGGGAUGCAGAGACUGUGUGAAGUACUAGAAGAACAAGAACGUGAAAUCCUGAAUGAAGACAAAGAUCUGUUGUGUCUGUCUGAAUCAGAAGGCACAGUAGACAGCACAGAUGAAGUGAUCUUUGUGUCCCACCACCAGGAAUCAACUUCCUCUGGGAAUUCCACCCUUGGCGAUCUAAUUGGUCUCCUUCAGCAACAAAUGCGCUCAUCUGACUGGUUGCAGAAAAAUACAGUGGAGCAGUUUGCACAAGAGAAACCAGAAGUCUAUGAUGUUUUCAGCAAGUUAGUGGGGAAGAAAUAGCAUUGAUGCGUUCUUCCAGAGGCUAUCAAUCAAUUUUGUCUUUUAAAUUACUUAUUGAUAUUUUUUUUCUAUCUACUAGGAAACCAUUUAUUUCUUUUCAGCCUUCUCAUUAUUAUGAUGGAUAGGGCUCAACUAGCAAGGGGUUGGCAUCUCUGCAGUCUCUAACCUCUGUAUUAUCAUUUUUUUAAAUAAGUAGACUUGUCUCUUAAGCAUUUUCAUAUUUUUAUAAAGGUUUUUUUCCCAGCUGAACAGAUAGUUUUCAAAGAAUUGAUAUGCCUUUAGCUGAAACCCAGAACACAGCUAAUUUGAAUCUAAAUUACACAUUUUGCAAAGUAAUUAAAAAAAGUUAGAGGCAGAUUUAAAUGUAUUCGUACUCUUAAAGAAAGUCAUGGAUCUCAUCUGUACCAUUGGGGGAAGAUUUAUUAAUGAAGUUGAGGAUUCUCAAGGCUAGAAAACAUGUCACAUUUCCUCUCUCUUUACUGUUAAAGGGAGAGGAGGAGACCCUAGAACUGUGAUGGUGAACCUAUGGCAUGCAGAGCCCUAUCUGCGGGCACAUGAGCCGUCAUCCCAGCUCA